AUGAAUGAUCCUGACCCCCCUGCUCGUGUGAAUAAACCUAUGUCCAUGACUAGCUUCAAUAAACCUAGAUCUGUUACUGCCUUGAGUAAAUCUAGCGUGAUUGUUGCUGAUAGAGACAGUGUUGUUAAGAAUAUAUGUGUGUUGAUCUCUAAUGUUUUAGGGAUUGACCCUAAGACAAAUGUUGUACCCAUUGUCUCCAUAUCCUUGGCCCAACCGGAUAAUAAUACUGACAACCCCAUAAAUGAUCCUGAUGUGCAUGCUUCUACUCUCUCUCCUGAGAAAUCUCAAGACAGGUCUGAUGAUAUCAUGAAUGAGAUGGGCAACAAAGAUAAAAACCAUGUUGGUCAACCCACUGACAUUGUUAAUAUUGAGGAUUUGGACUCUGAUGAUGUCCAUAUCGGGAAAAUACUGGCUCCUAGCAUAUCUAAAAUGUUUAAGAAUAGGAAAGGUCAAGUUGUUGGGUCCUCCAACACUCCCUCCAAAUCUGUCAGGAAGAAGGCUAUUGUUGGUCCCACUAAAAGAUGGAGCAAGGACAUCAUCUCCAUUUCCAAAAAGCAAGCUUCCGGGAAGAAGAUUCCAGCCAACAUUCUUGAAGUUCCACUUGACAACAUCUCUUUUCACUCUAUUGAAAAUGUUGAAAAAUGGAAAUAUGUUUAUCAAAGAAGGUUAGCAUUGGAAAGGGAAUUGGGUAAGGAUGUGUUUGAAUGUAAAGAGGUGUUGAGUCUGAUUCAAGAAGCUAGUCUGAUGAAAACUGUAACAGGUUUUGGGAAGUGCUAUGAAAUGUUGGUAAAAGAGUUUAUUGUGAACAUCUCCAAAGAGUGUGAUAACAAAAUGAGAAAAGAAUUCAAAAAAGUGUAUGUCAGAGGUAGAUGUGUGGAUUUUUCUCCUGAAAUAAUCAACAGGUUCUUGGGAAGAAAUGAAGAAGAACACGCUGCAAUUGGAGUUUCAGACAAUGUCAUCUGCAAAGAGAUCACUACUAAGCAAGCUCUUUCUAAAGAGGAAUGUGAUGAGAAAGCUGAUGGAAUUGAUGAAGAAGAGGAUAAUGAAGACAAAAUUGUUACUAGUGAUGAGGAAGAGACUAGCAGUGAUGAAAAUUAA